ACGUGGUUUUCCGUGUUUCUUCUUUAAAGAGAGGUUUCCUUGAACCUUUACCCAUUUUGAGUGUUUCCAGCCGCCUCGUCGCCAUGAGUGUCAUCCUCCCCCGGAUCGAGCAGCUGUCUGCCCGGGUGGUUCGAGUCCUGGGCUGCAACCCGGGUCCGAUGACCCUGCAGGGCACCAACACUUACUUAGUCGGCACCGGGGCAAGACGGGUGCUGAUAGACACCGGGGAACCUGCAGUACCCGAGUACAUCAGCAACCUGAGACACGCACUGAAUCAGUUCAACGCCAGCAUCCAGGAGAUCAUCGUCACGCACUGGCAUCACGACCACACCGGCGGGGUGGAGGACAUCUGCAGAGACAUCACAGGUUCUGAGAUCCGAGUCAGCAAGUUGCCUCGCGGCGAUCCAGUCAAAGAGGCGACCGGGAACAAGAGCUACACCUACCUGAAAGAUGGAGACGUCAUCCAGACAGAAGGAGCCACACUCAAAGUGCUUUUCACCCCGGGCCACACUGACGACCACAUGGCUCUGCUGUUGGAGGAGGAGCAGGCGCUCUUCUCUGGAGAUUGCAUCUUGGGAGAAGGCACGGCCGUGUUCGAGGAUCUCUACGACUACAUGAAGUCUCUCAAUAUUCUGCUGGACUCCCAGGCCGACCUGAUCUACCCUGGUCAUGGACCUGUGGUUCUGGAUGCUGGCUCCAAGAUCAAGUACUACAUCAGCCACCGGGACCAGAGAGAACAACAGAUCCUGGCAGCCAUAGUGGACGGAGAAGGAAAGGGUUUCACUUCCAUGGAGCUGGUCAAAAUCGUCUAUAAGGACACUCCUGAACAUCUGCACCAAGCUGCUAAUGUGAACCUGGUUCAUCACUUGAAGAAGUUGCAGAAAGAGGGAAAGAUCAGCAUUGUGGACGGAUCUUCAUCGGCGACCAGAUGGAAAAGCAAUCUGUGAUAUUGACUUAUUAUGGGAUUGAAUUGACUCAAAUUGAGUGUGUGUCCAGCACAUUUACAUUUCCAGGUCAAACUGGAGCCAAAGCAUCAAAUCUUUAGUGAUUUUUUUUUUGUCUAAGCUGUUGAACAUGUACAGUUCACUUUAUUCCAGAUAUUUGAAGGGUGAGAUGAUCUUAAAGGAUGUUAAUCUUCCGGUGACUUUUUAAAGGUGGAAGUCACUUGCAUGUCUUUAUAAGGACACUAAAUGGAAUAAAUGUAUAGCAGAUGGAAGAAAGAACAUCCUCUAACUUGUGCCUUGAAGAGACAGAUGCAUUUUAUUCCCCACCUGACUUUGAGUUAAUUUGACAGAAAUCCUAAAAAUCUCUAUAAUCAUUAAAUAAAUGAACCUGCAGGAGGAUUUUUUUUUGUAACAGCUGUUGUCCUUUUAUGCACUAACCAAAGUUUAAAAAAGUGCAAGCUAUCAAUCUGUCACUAGAGAGCAGUAUAAGCUCAUUUUACACCAAGGUGACUUGGACCAGUCAAAUAGAAUUCAGUUCUUCUACAGGAAAGUUAUAAAAUGAAGAAAUGUAUGCUGGAUGUAAAUGUAAAUGUUGGAACGGAUUAUUUGAAAAAUUAAAUGACCUUUCGUGAGUUUAUGUCGUCUCUUUUUUUUUC